GCCGCGCCUGUGCGGGCCCUCGGGGCUGCGGGAGCCGGGCUAGGACGCCGAGCGGUGACUCCCGGCCGUUCCCGGGGGCCGUGACGGAGAUGCCUACCUGAAAGAGUGACGGCACCUGGACCACAUGCUUCACUGCUGAACGAUCCUCAGGUACCCUGGCUCUGGACAUUGCUAUGGGAGAUUGGAUGACUGUUACAGAUCCAGCUCUGUGCUCAGAAAGCAAAAAUAUCUCUCAGUAUACCUCAGAAACAAAGAUGUCUCCAUCAAGUUUAUACUCACAGCAAGUGCUAUGUUCUUCAAUACCUUUAUCAAAAAAUGUGCACAGUUUUUUCAGUGCCUUCUGCACAGAAGAGAAUAUUGAACAGAGUAUUUCAUAUCUUGAUCAGGAAUUGACGACUUUUGGUUUUCCUUCAUUAUAUGAAGAACCCAAAGGCAAAGAGACAAAGAGAGAAUUAAAUAUAGUUGCUGUUUUAAAUUGCAUGAAUGAGCUGCUUGUGCUUCAGCGGAAGAAUCUUCUAGCUCAGGAGAAUGUGGAGACACAGAACCUGAAAUUGGGUAGUGACAUGGACCAUCUGCAGAACUGCUACACCAAACUGAAGGAACAGCUGGAAGCCUCCAGGAGAGAAAUGAUUGGGCUUCAGGAAAGAGACAGACAGUUACAAUGCAAGAACAGAAAUUUGCAUCAGCUGCUGAAAAAUGAGAAAGAUGAGGUACAAAAAUUACAGAAUAUCAUUGCAAGUCGAGCUACUCAGUAUAAUCAUGAUAUGAAAAGAAAAGAACGUGAAUAUAAUAAAUUAAAGGAACGUCUACAUCAACUUGUUAUGAACAAGAAGGAUAAAAAAAUAGCCAUGGACGUUUUAAAUUAUGUGGGGAGAGCUGAUGGAAGAAGAGCCUCGUGGAGGACUGGUAAAACCGAAGCCAGGAAUGAAGAUGAAAUGUAUAAGAUUCUCUUGAAUGAUUAUGAAUAUCGUCAAAAACAAAUCCUAAUGGAAAAUGCUGAACUUAAGAAGGUUCUUCAACAAAUGAAAAAGGAAAUGAUUUCUCUCCUUUCUCCCCAAAAGAAGAAACCCAGGGAACGAGCGGAGGAUAGUACAGGAACUGUUAUCUCUGACGUGGAAGAUGAUGCCGGGGAACUAAGCAGAGAGAGCGUGUGGGACCUUUCCUGUGAAACCGUGAGAGAGCAGCUGACCAACAGCAUCAGGAAACAGUGGAGGAUUCUGAAAAGUCACGUAGAAAAGCUCGACAACCAAGUUUCUAAGGUACAUGUAGAAGGUUUUAAUGACGAAGAUGUCAUCUCACGACAAGACCAUGAACAAGAAACUGAAAAACUCGAGUUAGAAAUUCAACAAUGUAAAGAAAUGAUUAAAACCCAGCAGCAACUUUUACAGCAGCAGCUCGCUACUGCAUGCGAUGAUGAUACCACUUCACUAUUACGUGACUGUUAUCUGUUGGAAGAAAAAGAACGCCUCAAGGAAGAGUGGUCCCUUUUCAAAGAGCAAAAAAAGAAUUUUGAGCGAGAAAGACGAAGCUUUACAGAAGCUGCUAUUCGCCUAGGAUUGGAGAGAAAGGCGUUCGAAGAAGAAAGAGCCAGUUGGUUAAAGCAGCAGUUCUUAACUAUGACUACCUUUGACCACCAGAACUCAGAAAAUGUGAAACUUUUCAGUGCCUUCUCAGGAAGUUCGGAUCGAGACAAUCUUAUAAUGCACUCGAGGCCGCGGCAAAAGAAGCCUCACGGUGUGUCUAAUGGGUCUCCGGUCUGCACGUCUAAGCUGACUCAGUCUCUUCCUGCUUCACCUUCCAAUUCAGACUUCUGCCAGCCACGUUCCUGUGUGUCUGAGCACAGUUCAAUCAAUGUACUGAAUAUAACUCCUGAAGAAACAAAACCAAAUCAGGUGGGAAGAGAAUGUACAAAUCAGAAGUGGAGCGUGGUUUCCAGACCCGGAUCACAGGAAGGUUGCUAUACCGGCUGCUUCUCGCCCUAUACAAAUUCUCACGUAGAGAAAGAUGGCUUACCUUAGACUUGUCGGCUGGAAUGUCUUCAUUAACCUGUUCAUCAAACUUCACAUCUGAGUUGAAACAGGGUACAGGGUAUAUCAUAAAGUUGGUCAUCUUUAAUAAUUUCAGAUGGUCUGAGUUGUCUGUCUGGACUCCCCUGUCGUCCCCCAAAGAGCUGAAAUGUUAAAUCUAUUUAAAUGGAUCUAAAAGCUUUGGAGAUGUAUUUUUAGUAACAGAAGCAUCUGGUUCUGUGAAUAAAGGAAUGUAAGAUGUUUGGGUGGAAACAAAAGCACUAGAAUGAGUUUCCUCUUAUAGGUAUUAAAAAUAGCACUUUUAGGAAACUGAUUAUUGUAAAUGUUUAAUUUUUGUCUUAAACAUAGUUGGAAUUGGAAGUUUAGCCUUUAACUUGAAUGUAUACUGUAGAUUUUUAACAAAACAAGUUCUAUAUUUAUUAUGUUUAGUGUGAUUUGAAAUUACCUCUUUCAUAUGUUUUAAAUAAAGUGAAAUUUAUGUAUGUUUUGUACAUAGAUAUACAUGAUUAUGUUAAAAGGCUUUAAGAGUUAAAAGUUUCACACAACCAUACGUAUAGCAUUUCAUGCCAAUAAAAAUUUUUUGGUGAUAUUCUGUUUACAGAUUUUUAGGUCCAUUGCCACAUUACAUUUAAGAUUUUUUUAAUCCAUCUGGGCAAUAAAUAUUCAAAGCUGUACCAUGAAGCAGAGUUCUUUAGAUAAUCAGCAUUACUAAUGUUACAUUUUUGAGAUUUUUACAGCAUUAGAUUUUUAUUUUAUAUAUGUAGAAUAUUAUAAUUUUUAAAAAGAUUAUAGAGUAUAGGGGCAGGACAAAAAUAUCUUUGAAUAAAACAAUCUAAGAAUAUUGGUUUAAGGUAUUUGGAUGAUAGAAGAUAGUUAAGAUAUCUAGAUGGUGGUAUUUUUCUUACGAGAUGGAUCCCAAUACAGUAAUAUCUGUACCAGUGAGGGCUUUGUAUCAUUGCCAGUAAUUUUUAAAUAAUUUUUUCCAAUGAGAUAUUUACCACUGAUAAUUAAAAACAAUGACAAUGUAAAAGUAUUGGAUUGUGUAAUCCAUGUUCUCUGGACAAUCUAGAGUCAUUCUGUUUUUGGAACAGUCUGAGGCUGUUUCCUGUCUGUAAUGUUCCUGAGUGCAUGUUUCUUCAUGAAAAGUAUCGUACUACUGGUAGUCAUAUUACUGUAGGGCCGGGAUUCUCAUCAGAAAGCUUUAAGUGCCUAACCCUGCUUGUCUCUGUACAUAGACGCUGACGCAGAUCCAGUCCAUGGUGGUCCGGUUCCUGUAGUUUAGGCCUAGCUGCCUUCCCGUUUUCGGCACGUACACUCAGAAACCCUGUUUGUGGCUGUCCCAUUGAAAUGUGUCCUAUUACCCACAAAAAGCCUGUCUGUGUCAUCUGUUCACUCUGUGUGACUCUGGAGUUGGGUAGUGGCAACCAUUUCUUCAGGGCUGGUAGGCUGUCAUUAAGAGUAUCUUCUGAGACGUUAAUGAAGACACUUGUAACAUAGUAACCGUAUUUCAGCUCAGAGCUGCUGCCUCUUAAACAUUGGUGGCUCACUGCCUUCAGCUUGAUGCAUGCUCACUUCUCUGUAGAAUAGUACACGUUACAGAUUUUCAGAGAUACUGCCAUUUUCCAAAGGAAGAGACUUAGCUGGGCUGUAACUGUUGUGCUGCUGUGUAGCAAUCCCAUGGUCAAAGAAAGGUGCAAUUAAAAAGUAGUCAGGAAUCCAGCAUGUGCCCCUGUGCCCCCCGCGCACGCCUAGAGAUUUCCAUGAUGUGCUCUGCCAGAAACAAAUACUCUGGUUUUCAGUGUAAAUCUCUCAAGGAGACACUGUUCUGUGAUAGUGAUUCCUAAAAAGCUGUGUUGUACGUUUCCGUUUUAAAGAGGACUUUAUUAUUUGGAAAGAAGGAUUCCUUGUGAAAGAAACAGUAAAAUGGAACUCAGGUACAUUUGCUCUUUGCGAAGAUUCCCUGCCAGAAAUGACCUGUGUUACCUGAUAGCAUCACCCCUGUGUCGUGCAUUCCAGCUCCUCAGUGCUCCCCCGUCACCCUACCUUCCCAGGGUGUGGUCAUGGCUUUCAUGUUGGAAAACUCCUGACGCCAUACGUGAAACCGCUAGCAUUUUGUUUUGCUCUUCCCUUUCUGGGUGUGUGCUGUGUACCAGAGCCAUGCUGCAGGCUUCCAUUCAGCCGUGAGUAAAUAAUGGCACCACAGUGGACCUAGCUUGGAAGUCCUCAUCAUUCUAAAUAAGCACGUUCUUAUUUAUCAGCAUGUAAAUUAAAAUAUUUUGGACCUCAUUUGUUUUUCAUGACAUAUCCACUUUGAAUUUUCAAAGCAUAAAAGUGGUUAAGAAACAUUUGAGAUAAGCAUCUUAUUCUUAAAUGCUUGUGUUUGCCACUUAGGAUGAUGAGAAACUUAGAAGAAUUCAAUGAUACCAGAAAGCUGGGACUAAAAUUUCACUUAAUGGGUAUUUUCUUAUGGAAGCAGUGUAUUAAAUGAUGAGUUCUCACAGGAUGAUCCAUAGCAAAUUGUUUGCCGUGUGAUAUAAUGGAAAUAACACUGUUCUUUGGAAGGAAUUGUAUAUUUCCUACUUUAGCAGACUAGAAUUAUUCUUUUUUUUUUUUUUUUUUUUUUGACAGGCAGAGUGGAUAGUGGGAGACAUAGAGAGAAAGGUCUUCCUUUUUGCCGUUGGUUCACCCUCCAAUGGCUGCCACAGCCGGCGUGCUGCAGCCGGCGCAUCACACUGAUCCGAAGCCAGGAGCCAGGUGCUUCUCCUGGUCUCCCAUGCAGGUGCAGGGCCCAAGCACUUAGGCCAUCCUCCCCUGCACUCCCGGGCCACAGCAGAGAGCUGGACUGGAAGAGGAGCAACCGGGACAGAAUCCGGUGCCCCAACCGGGACUAGAACCCGGUGUACCGGCCCCGCAGGCGGAGGAUUAGCCUAUUAAGCCACGGCGCCAGCCUAGAAUUAUUCUUAAGCUUGUUAAUAACAUAGUUUUUUUGUUUUUGUUUUUUGAGCAAACACAUUCCAGGUGGAUAAGCAGAAGAACACCCUGGAAUCCAGUCUCGACCUCCCUCGGUGGAGCUGGAAGCUGCCGGGCCCCCAGGAUGGUGGUGACAGGCAGCACCCUCUGCAGACCCUUCCCUAAGUGCCCUGUUGUAAAAAUCGUCCAAGUGUGUUGCUGGGUGUGAACCAUGCUCUGAGUUCUAGAUUGGGUUUAGAGUAAGUGUGGAUCAUGGAAGCCUAGUAAAUCCGCAUACUCUGCUGUUUGUCCUCUUUCCAGUCUUUGAGCAUUGAUGUAGCAUCUGACAGAUGGCAGGGCUUGCGGUGAUGAGGAUAAGAAGACAGCACACUGCCUGAUGUUGAGACUCUGAAAUAAGUGGAAAACCAGCUAUGUAACCCUGGCACAUUGCUGUAAUACUGAUUCACACAUUUGUUCUGUUCUUAAAACGUGGACUGGUGUUUCUGUUCUAGAGCCGCAUAACCAUUGUGGAACAGUAACAUGGCUGCAGUUAAAGUCUUGGCAUCAUUUGUGUGGAAGGUGUUAAAUGUGAUUAUGGUUUUGUUUUUGUGGGUUUUGUUUCUAUAAUACAAAUGUUUACCUGUAAAAUAGUAUAGGAUUUUCUCCCCACAUGAACAUGAAUUAUUAUCUAAUAGAAAAAGCAUUUGCAAAGAUUUGCGCACCAUGGAAGAUAAUGAACUAGGUUAUUCCAGUCCUUUUCCUUAAUACUGUGUUCCUUUUUCAGGCUGGAUGUAAAUUAAGAGUGGAGUGGAUUGUUGAUUAAAUUAAUAUAAAAGUUUUCA